CGGCGGGGGGGGCGGCCGCCAAUCGCGGCGGGGUCGGUGCGGGGAAGCGGCGCGGCGGGCGGGGGGCUUUAAAAGCGGCGCGGCGGCGGGCGGCGGCUCAGAGGCGGCGAGGGGCAGCGCGGGGCGAGGCGGCGGGAGCGGAUCGCGGUGCGGGCGCCGGCCAUGCCCACGGUGCAGCUGCCGAGCGCGGCGGCGGCGGAGCGGCCGGGCGGGCGUCGCGGCUCGCCGGCGCGGGGCCGCAGCGCCGUGUGCCGCAGCCUCUUCGGGCCGCUGGACCACGAGGAGCUGGGCCGCGAGCUGCAGAGCCGGCUGCGGGAGAUGAGCGAGGCCGACCAGCGCCGCUGGGACUACAACUUCCACACCGACACGCCGCUGCCCGGGCCCGGCCGCCUGCGCUGGGAGGAGGUGGAGGGCGCCGCCGUGCCCGCCUUCUACCGCGAGGCGCCGCAGCAGCGCGGCCGCCCGCCCGGCCCCGCCGCGCCGCUGCGGGACAAGCCGCCGCCGCCGCCCGCCGCCGCCGAGGCGCCGCCGCCCGCCGCCAAGGCGCCGCCGGGGGCUCCGCGGGGGCGGCCGAGCCGCGAGAACCGCGCCGCGCCCUCCCCGCCCCAGCCGCCGCCGCCGCCGCCGUCGUCGCGCCGCCGCCGCCCGCCGGCCCGCGCCACAGAUUUCUUCGCCCGCAGGAAGCGGCCGGCGCAGCCCGAGCAGACGCCCCGCAAGCGGCUCCGGUGAGCGAGACUUUUGCACUACGGCACCCACGGCAGAAGCGCGGCCCCCCCGCGGCGGGCGGCCGGGGCGAGCCGGGACCCCCCCGCGCCGCGCCCGCACCCGGCGGCGGCAGCGACCCCGGGCCCGGCGGCAGCGGCGGCGGCGGCCGCGCAGGGAGCAGCGUUCGCGUCCGGCUGUGCAAUGUGUUGCGUCGCGCGUGAGAAGUGUGUUGUGCCUCAUGUGAGUACACUGGCCCAGAAGUGUAAAGCUUUAAAAGGCAUUUAUACGAAAUGUUUAAUCUCUGCUGAGCUCUCAGUGCAAAAAAAAAAAAAAAGGCAAAAAAGUGUAUAUUUGUACAAAAACUUUUUUAAGAGUUAUACUAACUUAUAUUUUCUAUUUAUGUCAGAAAUGUGGAUAACUUUGGUUGACAUCCAAUAGUCUCUUUUUUUUCUUUUGGUUAAGCCAAAGGGCACUAUAUUUGCUUUUGUUAUUUACAAAAUGUAAAUUUAUUUUUAUAGUGGGAUUUUUUUUCCUUGCCUUCACAAGAUGUAGCUCCGACUCAAAAUAUUUUUUAGACUUUUACUUGAAGACAAAUCUGUUUCAAUGGUUCCUGAGCCGGUCUGUACCACUGCCAUUGCAAAUAAUGCCACAACUUCAAAUAACAAUGAUGAUGAUAAUAAAGUGCAGGAAACAGC